AUGCGGAAGGGAAUAGGGCCAGAGACUCCGAUGAUCAUGGAAACGAAGGAGAAACAAGACACAGAAGAAGAAGAAGAAGACGAAGAUGGAUGUCGUGACGACGGCGAUGACGGGGGCGCAACGUGGGGCCAAGGAGUCUCUGUACCGCAGCACCACCGCUGCCCGGCUCGAGAACGCGUAAAUAGUCCCCCGCAGCCUCCUAUAAACCGCCAAGACUAUCAAGAUCAUCCUCUCGGCCUUUUGCCUUCCUCCUCCUCCUCCUCUUCAUCUCCUUCGGCUCCUCACGCCGGCAGGAUCCUCCAUUGCACGAGCGCCGUUGGGCAUUAUGCCGCUCUGCAUGACGUCCUUUGCACCCGCUCGCUCCUGCAUAAUGAGGAACCUGUUGCGGUUCCGCCGUUGCCGCCCUUGCUGGGAGAGCCUUCGGGAACCCCGCCCGCGCCGCACGGGGUUCCCUGGCAGCCGGCAGGGUCAGCAACGCCCGUUCCACAGCAGCUCUUUUUCAUUCGCGCUUCCACGCCCGACGACGAGCGCGGACUCGCAUCUGCCGAGGCUCUCCCGACCAGAGAGUGCGAGCUCAAGACUCUUAAGACGACCCCGGGGUCCUCCUCGCCCCGCCCCCUCGCCCCUCGCCCCUGUGGCACCCGCGGACUUCCAAGGGCACCCAUCGCUAAGUGGCUCGCGCAUGAACAACCGCCUCUGCUGAACCUCGACAACGAAUGCCCCGGCGCCUGCACUCCCAUUCCCCCCCCCCCUCCCUCCACGCCCCAGAGAGCCAUCGCAAACUCCCCGCCCGGCCCUUCGUCUCGCAAUCGACGCAAUAGCAUGCUCGUGGCCCCGAAGCUCGACCCGAACGGUGAAGCUGCAGCCGACAGGGAAUUCGGCCGAAGCGUUCGAAAGCCUUCCAGAAGCAAUAAGACUCAGGAAACACAUGUGGGGAUCGCCGACGGAGAGCUUCGUAAUCCCCACGUCAAGUUUACAACAAUUUGUGCUGAUCGCCAGGGCUACGCCGGGGCCUCUCGGUCAGGGUCUCGGCCAGGGCGCGUCCGAGGCAGCCUUCAGCGCGCGAGGGGAGCCCGUGCAUUUAAAACCCUCGUUCCACCCGCGGGCGUAAACACAUCGGCAUCAAAAGAUAAUUCAUCUUAA